AUGAAUACACACUACAUUGUUAUGUUACCUCAAAUUUCAAAACAAAUCGAAUCGAAUGAAUAGUGAAAACAAUUAGGCCUACUUACUGAAAACUCAACUAAUUCGAGUUUGUGUUAAAUUUUGCGUUUUUUUAUAAAAGGUGUUUUUGUCUCUCUCUACAUACGUCUUUGUUAGCAGUUUAGUUAUAGUUAUACAUACUUAAAGUUUCUCCAGCUUCAGAUCUAAAAUAUUUCAAGAAGUUCCAUGAACACCGAAACUAUACUAAAAGAAGUUAACACCCUUUUUAAGGAGUGUGAAGAAAUAAAAAACGCCAACAAUGACCUAACAGAACAUAUUGGAUUGUUACGAGAGGAAUUAAGAAUGGCUAAGGAUGCAGAAAGAAGUGCUGAAUCAAAAAAGGCUAGAUGUCAGGGUUUUCUUCUACAUCAGCAGGAUAUCAUUCAAAAGUUGAUUGAUGUAAAAGAGGAAAAUGAAAACUUGAAAUGUAAACUAAAACAGACUGAGUUAACCCUGUCCAUGUUCCAAAAUAGUAGCAUCGAAGAACAAAUGAGAGCAGACGCAAGGAUACAGGAGAUCAAAGAAGAGUAUUUGACACGGAUCACCAAGGUUCAAGAAGAUUUAGAUAACCAAGCUAAGCAAGAAAAAUGUGAACUAUUGGCCACCAUUUCCGAGAUCAAGACAUUAAAUUCAGAGCUAGAAAAGAAACUUGAAGAAACAAGUAGUACUAACUCAUCAUUGCAAGAACAAGUGGAGGAACUGAAAGGUUAUGCUGAUGCUUUCCCCAAGUUGGAAAAAAGACUUGAAGAGAAGGAAGAAGAAGUACGAUCGAUAAAAGCCUGGUGUGAUGCAAAUAUUGAUGUCUUUCACAAGAAAUUGGCUGAACAAGAAAGAAAACAUCAAUCGGAACUUGAAAUAUGGAAGAUGGCGGAGCUGAAUAGAACAACAUUCGGCCAGGUGCAAUCAAACAAUCCGUCUAAUCCGUACGGGAAUAGCUACGCAAGCCAAUACCAACCUCAGAGGCCAAUGCAGGGCUACCAACCAAAUAUUAGGUUCCAAGAACAAACAGCCACUUAUCAAGCGGCCUCGCUUGUUACGCAUUACAAAAAUGUUCUUCCGAGACAAACUACGAACAUGGUGCGUCCUCUGACUAGUUCGGAUAAUUACAAAUCUGAAUUUGUGUCAGCAAGUGAACUAUACACACAGAAUCAAACAGCUGGCAGAGGAGAGGAGAAAGAGAAUUCAGGUGAGAAAGUUGGAGAAAACAAAGUCGAGACAAACAAACCGAAAAUUCUUGUUCCAAACAAGAAGAGAAAGUUAUUUAGUUUGAAUCAAAAUAUUAUUUAAUACCGUAGUGUAUAUUUUCUAGGUAGGUCUAACUCUAGUAUGGUAAUUCUAAAUUAAGUUUAUUAUGACAUUUUUUAAGAUUUAAGUAAGUGAAAUAUUUGGUUGAAGUAAAUGUUGUGUUAAGAGGGUUAAGGGGUUGUGUUAAUAUUAUUUUAGUUAUUUUUAACACUGUUUACUAAUUAAUUUAGUGAUUUAUAAAAAUAGUCUUGGUAGGUAGGUUAAUUGAUUGUAAAGUGA